AUGUCAAAACGCACAAUUGACGCAUUCUUCAAACCAACCACAACCAACUCCGCAAAACGAGCCAAACCAAACAACGAUGAUACACCACCACCACCCGACGAAAACGAGGACAUCGGUCCCCCAGACACUCAUCCCAGCUACCCAAUUCCAAUCCCACAACUGCCCGCAUACAUCUCAAUCAGUCUCACCCACGGUACACCCGCGAAAGAAGGCCACGCUAUAAGCAACCAACCAGAUCUGGACCUCCUCUAUUUCCGACCGUACAUUACUCGACCCACAGCUAACGAGCUAUUCAAGUUUCUCCGCCGCGAAUUACCAUUUUACCGCGUGCAAUACACGAUUAAGCGUGGGGGUGUCGACACGGAUAUCAAUACUCCGAGAUAUACGACUGUUUUUGGGGUGGAUGAUACAGCGCAAUGGACGUCAAGGCCAACCACCGAACAAUCAGAAUCAGACGAAGAAACAUCUCCGCCCGACAACACCACCACCGCCAAUCCUCCAAACAAUCACCAACCUUUCUCGAACCUCACUCUCAUCGAAACAACAUCCAAAACCUCCAUCCGCCCAACAAAAUACCAAUACACCCCCCGCCCCAUCCCAACAUGCCUCCUCCACCUAAAAAACCUCAUCGAAAUCACAACAGGAUCCCGCUACAACUUCUGCCUCGUAAACUACUAUUCCUCGGGUAACGACAGUAUAUCCUUCCACUCAGACGACGAGCGCUUCCUCGGCUCGAACCCGGACAUCGCAUCGCUGAGUUUAGGCGGGGAGCGUGAGUUUCUUAUGAAACAUAGAGGGGCUGGAACACUUGCAACCCGGCCUAUCAUACCGGUGAAAGUUCCUAAAGCUAGUCCGCUGAAAUUUGCCCUGUCCUCUGGCGAUAUGGUCAUCAUGCGUGGGCCUACGCAAACACACUGGCUGCAUAGUAUUCCGAAACGCAAGGGGGAUGCGGUGCGGGGACGGAUUAAUAUUACGUUUCGGAGGGCGAUGGUGCCGGCGGGCACGAAUAAUUAUUAUCGGUAUAAUGUUGGGUGUGGUCCGGUUUGGAGGUGGGAUGAGAGCAGGCAGGAGAUGGUUUGUACCGGAGAUGGAGGAGAUGGAGAUGGAGGAGCAGGAGGAGAUGGGGGGUUGAAGGAGGGUGUUGAUGAGUAG